GUCUAUUGAUCACAGAAAUGGGAGGGAACAUGCAUUAUAUUUUAACCAGUGUGUAAAGAAGGCUCUUCUGUAAUCAGCUAUCCGGACCCUUCUCUUCAGAGAAUUUCGUUUUAUAGCAAAUCGCUGUUGGGAUGAAGCUUUAUAGCUUUGGAGUCCUUGUAGCCACCAUCCUCUUCUGUGAGCAGCAUGGGUUCGCAUUUCAGAGUGGCCAGGUGUUAUCGGCACUUCCUAGAACCUCUAGGCAAAUUCAGAUUCUGCAGAAUCUUACUACAACAUAUGAGAUUGUUCUCUGGCAGCCAGUAACAGCUGAAUUUAUUGCGAAGAAGAAAGAAGUCCAUUUUUUUGUGAAUGCGUCUGAUGUAAGCAAUGUGAAAGCCCAUUUAAAUGAGAGCAGAAUUCUAUUCAGUGUCUUGUUGGAAAAUGUGGAAGAUCUUAUCCAGCAGCAGACGACCAAGGACACGAUCAACCCCCGGGCCUCCUCCUCCUACUAUGAACACUAUCACUCACUAAAUGAGAUCUAUUCUUGGAUAGAAGUUAUAAGUGAGCGGUAUCCUGAUAUGAUUGAAAAAAUCCACAUUGGAUCCUCAUAUGAGAAGUAUCCACUUUAUGUUUUAAAGGUUUCUAGAAAAGAACAAAGGACCAAAAAUGCCAUGUGGAUUGACUGUGGAAUCCAUGCCAGAGAAUGGAUCUCUCCUGCUUUCUGCUUGUGGUUCAUAGGCUACGUAACUCAAUCCUACGGGAAAGAGAAGGUGUAUACCAACCUUCUGAGGCAUAUGGAUUUCUAUGUUAUGCCAGUGGUUAAUGUGGACGGUUAUGACUACACAUGGAAAAAGAAUCGAAUGUGGAGAAAGAACCGUUCUUUCCAUGAAAAUAAUUCUUGCAUCGGAACAGACCUGAACAGGAACUUUGCUUCCAAACACUGGUGUGAGGAAGGUGCCUCAAGUCUCUCGUGCUCGGAAACCUACUGUGGACUUUACCCAGAGUCGGAACCAGAAGUGAAGGCGGUGGCUGAUUUCUUGAGAAGAAACAUCAACCACAUUAAAGCUUACAUCAGCAUGCAUUCAUAUUCCCAGAAGAUAGUGUUUCCAUAUUCCUAUAAUAGAAGCAAAACCAAAGACCACGAGGAACUGUCUCUGGUGGCCAGUGAAGCAGUCCAUGCUAUUGCAAAUACUAAUAGAAAUACCAGAUAUACACAUGGCAGUGGGUCAGAAAGUUUAUAUCUAGCUCCUGGAGGUUCGGAUGACUGGAUCUAUGACUUGGGCAUCAAAUAUUCAUUUACAAUUGAACUUCGAGAUACAGGCAGAUACGGAUUCUUGCUGCCAGAGCGUUACAUCAAACCUACUUGUACAGAAGCUCUCGCUGCUGUCUCUAAGAUAGCUUCGCAUGUCAUCAGGAAUGUUUAAUGCCCUUGAUUUUUUCAGUCUGUUCCCAUAUUUUAAUUGACUGAUUCCAGGAAUACCAAGUCAUUGUACCAGUUUCUUUUUAAGUUUUAUCGUUAGUUUUGCUAAAAGGUUUUCCUAUUUCUUGGUUUUGUCAAAGAACAAAAUAAAUGCUACCUUAAAAUUAA